AUGACACAAGAUACAGACGACAUAAUCGCUGCCACCAAACGCGCAUUGUCAGCCCUUCACGAGAAUACAUCAGGGUUUUUUAAAAAUUCGAGGAUCAAGCGUGAUGAAACCUCAGAACCAAAGGAACAACAUAUUAAACUAGCUCCAGAACAGGCUGGCAGUGAUUCUGCUUCACCUCAGAAAUUAUAUCGUCCACAUAGCCGAGAGGAUUUUAUGGAUCGACUUUCUACCUUUUCAAUAUCCUUAAAAUUUACAACUCCAAUAGAGUGUGCUAGAUAUGGCUGGACGAACAUUGAUUACGAUUGGCUUAAGUGUGAAUAUUGUUCAGAACGAAUGCUGGUAAAAUUGGCGAAUGGUGAAUUAGAGGAUCAUUUGGCAAAACAAUAUCAGGAAGGGUUGGCCGAAGUGCAUUCUGUCUCAUGCCCGUGGCGUGGUCAUCCGUGUGAUGCUGCAAUAUACAAGUUUUACAUCCUGCCAAAUCCGGUAAUUUUGGAAGAAUUCCAAUCACGGGCGAUAAACCUACUUGAACUUGGUGAAAAACUACCGAUGAUCAAUACCAAAGUGACCGAUGAGUUUAUGCAAACCAUGAAAAAAGCGCUUCCUUUAGGAUCAAAUGAAUUCAGUUCCCCGGUUAUUGUUUCUGCCACUUGCCUUUCCUUAUUUGGAUGGGAACACGAUUUGGUCGAGGGUUCAGACAAGCUAAAAUGUAAGAUGUGUUUCCGUCAUUGUGAAUUAUCAUAUUUUAGAAGCAUUGCAAAACACCGUGAACAACUACAGAAUGUAGAAAUGGAUUUAGCAGAAAAGUCAAACGAUCAAUCUACGCGAGAGAAUGAAGACAGUGGAAAUAUAAAUGAAGAUAAAGAUCUAUCAGAAAAACAAGGUGUCGUUGGUGAAGAAACACGGCCAUCACAGGAAGGUAUGGAAUUAGUAACUGACAAUGAAGAAACCAUUGAUGAACAGACCAUAGUAGAGACUGAAGGUGAUCGAGACAGUAAAAAUACUAAUGAAGAAGUUUCACAAUCACAUGAGAGUACUGAAAGUGGCGAACAGGUUGUAGAAGAAACUAAUGAUGGUCGGGCUGACGAAAGUGUCGAUGGUGAAACAGAAAAAACAAAUGAUCACGAAAAAAUAGAACUUUCACAGAAGAAUGUAGGCUCAAAUGAUGAGGAUCAUGAGAUGGGUGAACAAAAUACGGAGACUAAAGAGGAUGAUGCGUCCAAUGAAAAAUUCGAUGAUUCACCAGAGGAAAUAGGAGAUUUGACGUUUGAAGUUGAGUCACAACAUCAUUGGUAUUGCUCGUGGAUUACAGGUGACGGUAGAUUCAUAGAGAACAAAACAUCCGAGGAAUUUGCAAGGAAAAAACCAGGUUGGUACGUUACAUUGGAGGGCAUAGUGAGACUUACAAUUUCUAACAACUCCAAAGAUGUAAACCGUAUUCGAGAGUCCAAAAACCAAAUGAACGAUUUCUGCGAUAUUUUGUCACCACGACGUUACUAA